UUUUUUUUCUCUCUCUCAAGAAUUCAACAAAAACUGUGCCAACUUUUAUGUGGGACUAGAUUAGUUAGUAAUGCAGCUUGCUUGAUUAGUCAUUUAUAACUAAUCUCCUCAAUUCUUCUUAUAAAAAGCACUAUCCCUCAACGUAUCUUAUUUGAUUAAUUUUUUGUUGCAACAGCCAACAAGUGCUUUUGGUUGUUGCUCUUUCGAUAGAGGCCAUGGAAAAAGUUGUUUUGGUUGUGAUAUUGGCGACGACAUUUACAUGGGUGGCUAAAGGACAAGACCAAGCGUCAUGGGCAAAGAGGGUUGAUACAGGCAAAGAAGUGGUAACAACUCUUCAAUUCUACUUCCAUGACAAACUUAGUGGAUCCAACCCGAGUGCAGUCCAAAUCGCACAAGCUGCUGGGACUAACAAUUCGGGUACCUUAUUUGGGUCUUUGUUGAUGAUUGAUGAUCCACUUACUAUUGGACCCGACCCAACUUCAAAACUAGUGGGUCGAGCCCGAGGAUUAUAUGGGUCCGCUGGUCAAACUGAUCUGGGCCUUAUCAUGGUGAUUAGUUAUGGGUUCUCGGAUGGUAUCUAUCAAGGGAGUUCAUUUAGCCUAUUAAGCUUGAACCCGGCAAUGAACCCGGUUCGUGAGAUGGCUAUCGUUGGUGGGACCGGGCUUUUCCGGUUGGCCCGUGGGUAUGCUAUUGCUCAAACUUACUCGGCAAAUGCUAAUGGUGAUGCAAUUGUUGGCUACAAUGUUACAAUUGUCACAUAUGUUUGAUUUUUUUUUUCCUUUUUCCUUUAAAUUUUUUAUACUAUUUUAUAUUUCCUCCGGUGAGAGAUUGUGCUCUAAAGAAUAUUAUUCAGGUAAUUUAAUUAUUGGCGUUAUAAAAAAAUCAGAAUUUCAUAAUAAGGUAAAUAUUUAGAAAAGAUGAAAUUGUAGUGUUUCUUUCCACGUUCGUCUAGCAAAUACAACUACCAAUUUAAUCAAUGUCGAAU